UUCAAUCUAGAUUUCAACAUAAAUUAUUUUUUAAAUCAUAGAACGCACAAACACACUGACAGACAUGCACGUGAGAAUGUCAUACAAGCCGACUCGUCACACACGGCUGUAGGCCGCUCUGCUUGUGAAUUGGAAUAACGAGAGUUUGAAGGUAAAAACUUUUGAAAGAGCAAAGGUCGUGUUGCGGACCCUACUGGCAAAUUAAGGCGAAGAUGGAAUCCUUGAGAGGGAAAGUUGCAAUCAUUACAGGUGCUAGCGCUGGUAUUGGCGAGGGUACAGCCCUGAUGUUUGCUAGAUAUGGGUGUCUGCUGACCCUGACAGGUCGUGAUGAAGACAGACUGGCUGCUGUAGUGCAGAAAUGUGUGGCCACUGGCUGUCCAGCUGACAAGAUAAUUACUGUGACUGGAGACACGCGCAAUUCAUCUGUACUUCAGAGCAUUGUUGACAGAACUGUAGAGACCUUUGGUCGCAUUGAUAUCUUGGUGAAUAAUGCAGGUACUAUCCACUACACCAGGCUCCUUGACACAACAUCAGAUCAGUAUGAUGACAUGAUGAAUGUUAAUAUGAAAGCAGUUUUCCUUCUCUCACAAAUUGCAAUUCCACACCUUAUAAAAACCAAAGGAACCAUUGUCAAUGUUUCCAGCAUAUGUGGACAAAGAUCUAUGCCAGAAGUUGGAGUAUACUGCAUGAGUAAGGCAGCCUUGGACAUGUUCACACAGUGUCUGGCAUUAGAGGUAGCACCUCAGGGAGUGCGUGUCAAUUCUGUCAAUCCUGGGACAGUGGUCAGCUUGCUUGCAAGACGUGGGCUUGGUCUUAAUGAUGAAGAAUAUGCAAAGUUUUUGGAGAUUCAGGGAGCUAAACAUCCCCUUGGGGGAGUUGGACAACCUGACGAUGUUGCCAACACCAUCGCUUUCCUUGCUUCAGACAUGGCUCGUUUCAUCACUGGUCAGCUGGUGUUCGUGGAUGGUGGACGCCAUUGUAUUUCUGCUGGUCUGACCACGAAAGUAAAAUAAUGAGGAAUGUACAAUCAGCUGAUGACUGCCAGCUUGGUCUCACAGUCGGCCAUCAUAACAUUUAUCUGUCCACUUCUGGAAUCUGCUGUAAUCUUCAGUGAAUAGAGCAGUUUUUGGUGGUGCUUUAUAACAAAAUAAGCAUAUUAUUUAGCAGCAUUAUUAAGAUUUAUAUAUUUUUCAAAUAUAUGGUCAUUGAAAUCAAAAACACAAUGCAAAUCUUUGUAUAUUUUCAGAGAAUAUGCUUGAUUUUUGAGCUUCCUGUUGUGAUGUCUUAAAUUCUUAUCUUGAUUCUUACAUAUACAUGUAUAUAUAUUUUCUUGAUAAUGGUCCCGUUUCUGUAAGAAUGAAGAUUGUGGGCUUUCAUUGAUUUUUGGAUAGCUUACAAAUAUUUUCUUGAAAGUUGGAAUGUCGUUGCUGUGUAAAGAUGUCAGCAAAGAAUGCCGAUUAUAAUUUUCCCACUAGUCAUUUUAAUGGAGCAGCAUUUUCUUGAUUAAAACAUCCUAAACAGAUCCUAUUUUCCUUUCUGAGUUCAGUUAUCCAAGACAUUGCAUCUCUACAUGCGUAUGACUUUAUUGUCAUAUUAUUUUGGGCCCUACUUAUUAUUGGUUUCUUGUGAUUGUAUUUGUGGGCAUUAAGAAUCUGAUUUGAAAUUGUUUUCCUUCUGUCUCAUGGUGUACCAUGAUGGUGCAAAUCUAAAUCACCUAACCCAGUGGUGCCCAACCUUUUCUCGCCGGAGGCCUGCACUGGACAUGACAUAAAAUCUCGCGGGCCAGAAAAUGGCAGUUUUUGCCAGAAUCAUGAAGUUAAAAAUGAAAUUAUGCUUUGGCUGGUUAAAAUGAGCUGGCCGUAGGUAGGGCACCCCUGACCUAACCCUAUGUUUGUUUCUUCUGUCAUGAGCAAUCAAUUCAGAAUUUAUAAGUAUGAAUAUUCUUGGACAAAAAUAUCAAUCAUAAAUAACUCUUAUAAAAUUGUUUGCAUUCAGUA